AUGCUGCCGGCGCAUGCGGUGGAGCGUGGUCCUCACAAGCGUGUAGGUGCUUUCGGAUUUCAAUUCGGACAACUUUUGAACCCUGAAUGGAUCUCGCAUAUUGUGCGAUUUUCAGGAUCUUAUAGGAUUCGACAGAUCGUAAAACGGUGUCCCGGAUACUCUGGAAAUGCCAACCCUAGGGCUAGGUCCAUAGUAAUUGUCCGAUCAUGCGAUCGUGAGUAA